GCGUCCCGAGGAAUUUCUCGUGCGCUCUCUGGUUCUCGUCCCUCCAACGCCAGAUAGUUCUCCCUCAUAGCCCACCACCUACGAAUGAUCAACAACUCACAAUUUGCUCUCGCCUAGAUCUCACGACUACCCGUUCCCGAUACCAAGCUCACGAUAAGAAAUCAACAAAACAUCCCGCACUAGCUAUCUUCCGUCAUCGCGAUGGCCGAAACUCAGAACCCUUCGGUCCUAGAGACCACCAAGGCCAAUGCCGCCGCAGCCUACAACUCCGUCACCAGUGGACCUGUCGCGCAAAACGUCAAGAACCACACGGCACAGGCCUCUUCUGAGCUGAACAACCUUGCCGCCGCACGCAAGACACCCAACGAACCUGCUGCUACCGGCCAGCCUCUGACACACUACCACUCGUUCUUCCACGAGCUUCUGUCCUGGAAGAACCCCCGCGCAUCCGCCAUCGCGCUCGUUUCCAUUCUCUCAGCCAUCUUCGCGGCCCGUUAUCUCGACAUCACCCGCUGGUCUCUGAAGCUGGCAUGGAUCUCACUCUUCUCAACCGUCACAGCUGAGAUUGUCGGCAAGUUCGUCCUGAACAAUGGUCUUGCGACUCAGAUCCGCCCUCGUCGGUACUACACAGUAUCCCGCGAAACGAUUGACGGUCUUGUCGGUGAUGUUCACGAGCUUGUCAACUUUGUUGUCAUCGAGGCGCAGCGUAUCCUGUUUGUCGAGAACGUCUUUGCCUCUUUGUCUGCUGCUAUUGUCUCAUUCAUCGGAUACCACCUCACCAAGUUGGUGCCCUACUGGGGUCUUGCUCUCCUCGGCACUGUCCUCGCUUUCGCCCUGCCCCUGAUCUAUGUCACCAACAAGGAGUUGAUCGACCACCACCUCAAGAACGCCUCUGACGUCGUGGAGGCGCAGACUUCUCAGGUUCGCAAUGUCGCCCAGAAGCAGGCCGAGCAGGUGAGCGCCAUCGGCAAGCAAUAUGCUGGUGACUACACUGGCAAGGUCCAGGAGAUGCUGCGCGGCAAGGGCGCCGCUACUGCUGAGACUAGCGAGGACACUUCCCAGACAAGCGCUACCUAUGCUGAGAAGGGACCCGCCAACCCUAUUGCCUUCCCCAAGACUCCUACCGCCGAGCCUGGUCUCCCUGACGCGCCCACCGAAGAGCCCAAGACGGCUGCCGAUGUCCCCGCCCCUAGUGUUCCCUCGGAGCCCGUCCUCCCCAACAAGGACGAGCCCCUAAUCUCCUAGACGGGCUUGCAGGAUGCUGCUGUGGGCAGCAGGCCAGUUGAGAUGGCCUGAGAGAGCAAGCUGAACUGGCGCGUGUC